GGACGGGAGCUGCCAGACUCCUUCCUGGCUCCCCUUUCUGGGGUGCUGGGGGGGACACAGGCACACAGCCGGGAGCGGGGGGUCAGAGGAACAGGGGACACGUGGGUGACAAGGGGACACAAGCAGGCAGGUGACAGCAAGAGACAGAAGACGAGAAGGGACACGUGCCACGUCCCUGUGGGGACAGGACAGGCGCAGCAUGAGUCGGGUGCUGGUGGGAAUACGGGGGGUCCCGGAGCUGUUCCUUUAAGCUCCCCCCCGUCCCGCCCGCCCGCCCCAUUCGAAAGAGGAAGCUGCGGCGGCUCCGCCCCGAGCCGGGCACAGCGCGGCGGCAGCGAGCUCCGGGGUGCCGAGUUCGGGGAGCACCCCGCAGACGCAGCAGCGAUGGAGAAGGACCCCGGCUGCUGCCAGGAUGCGGCCAAAACAGCAGCGGGCGAGAUGCUGGGCCCUGAGGCGCAGCUGGACGACAUGGUGGGAGCGCACACGGACUACAAUGAGGAGGAAGAGGAACAGAAGUAUUUCCGCCGCAAACGCUUCGGCGUGGUGAAGAACGUGCUGGCCGCCAGCUUGGCCGCCAUGCUCACCUACAGCGUCUACCUGGGCCUGCUGCAGAUGCAGCUUAUCCUGCACUACGACGAGACCUACCGGGAGGUGAAGUACGGCAACAUGGAGCUGGAGGACAUCGACCGCAAGGUGCUGAUGGGCAUCAAUGUCACCCCGGUGGUGGCACUGCUCUACACGCCCGUCCUCAUCCGGUUCUUCGGCACCAAGUGGACCAUGUUCCUGGCCGUGGGCAUCUAUGCCCUCUUUGUCUCCAGCAACUACUGGGAGCGCUACUUCACGCUGGUGCCCUCUGCCGUGGCUAUCGGGGUGGCCAUCGUGCCGCUCUGGGCCUCCUUGGGCAACUACAUUACACGGAUGGCACAGAAAUACUACGAGUACGCCAACUACAAGGAGGAGCACGUGCAGGAGCAGCGGCAAGCACCACGCGGAGCCUGCAGCACCUACGUUGUCGUCUUCCAGAGCAUCUUCUACAUCUGCUUCCAUCUGAGCUUCGUCUGCGCGCAGAUGCCCACGCUCUUCUUCCUCAGCAAUUACAUCUACGAGCUCAACCACACGCUCUUCGGGGUGAAGCGCUGCGGUACACUGAGCCACGGCACGCUGACUGGCUUCAACAAGACGGUGCUGCACAGUCUGCCCCGCAGCGUCAACCUCAUCGUGGUGGAGAGCGUCCUGAUGGCAGUUGCCUUCCUCGCCAUGCUGGUGGUCCUGCUGCUCUGCGGCUCAGCAUAUCGGACCACCGAGGAGAUCGACCUGCGCAGCAUUGGCUGGGGGAACAUAUUCCAGCUGCCCUUCAAGCACAUGCGGGACUAUCGCCUCCGCCACCUCCUCCCUUUCUUCAUCUACAGCGGCUUUGAGGUGCUCUUCGUCUGCAACGACUUCUCCCUGAACUAUGGUGUGUGCGCCCUGGGGCUGGAGAAGCUGGCAUACCUCCUGAUGGCCUACGGCUUCUCCGCCUCCACCUGCUCCAGCCUUGCCCUCUGCAUGCUGCGCCUGCGGCGUCAGUACCCACUGCUGGCCGGGGCCCUGCUCCACGCUGCCAUCCUGGUGACGCUCUUCUGCUGGGCGCCCGAGCCCCGACAGGUGGAGCAGGCACCUCUGCUUUACUCCGUAGCCGCGCUCUGGGGCAUGGGCAGUGCCCUCAACAAGACUGGCAUUAGCAUCCUCCUGGGCAUGCUGUACGAAGACAAAGAGCGCCAAGACUUCGUCUUCACCAUCUACCACUGGUGGCAGGCGCUGGCCAUCUUCGCCGUGUACCUGUGGUCGGGGCUGCCCAUGAAGGCCAAGCUGUCCCUCAUGCUGCUGGCCCUGGGGCUGGCGGCAGGCUCCUACGGCUGGAUGGAGCGCCGGCUGGCACAGCGCGUGGCCUACCGCCUGCCCCGCAUGCCACGUCCGCGCCACAGGGCCAGCGGCUACCGCUACCUGGAGGAGGAGGACUCCGAUGAAACCAACUCGGAGGACGAGGGGACGAGCCGUGACACCAACCAGCAGCCAGCGGAGGAUACGGAUGAGACGCCAAGAGAUGACGGGCGGCAAAGAAAUUAGGCAAGGCCUAAGGCAGCAGGCCCACGGGCCUCACUUCGGCAGCCCCAGGGCUGCACCACAGUGCUACGGGCCUUCCCGCAGGCCUCACCACACAGCCCUACAGCCUGUGCCCCUCAGCUUUUGGGCUUGAGCCCCCCGGAGCAGACCCCGAGGCACUGUGCCGUGCUCCCCGCUGACCUCCAGCUCAAUAAAGGUUCACCCGAUCGCCA